AUGGCGGUAGAAAGACUCGGCUCCAUCCUCAAACACCUUGCCCCCGGCAACGGGCUGUCCCAAAUCACCUCCAAGAAUGCCGACGACAUUGUCAUCACCCUCGCCGUCCGCACGCCUCUGGCCAAGGCCAAGAAGGGUGGCUUCAAGGACACCACCAUCGAGUACAUGGUCUACGCUCUCCUGAAGGAGGUCAACCAACGGAGCAACCUCGACCCCGCUCUCGUCGAAGAUAUCUGCCUGGGCAAUGUUUCCGAUGGCAAGGCUUCGUACAAGCUGCGCGCCGCGUCCCUCGCCGCGGGCUACCCCAACACCUGCUCCGUCUACUCGCUCAACCGCUUCUGCUCCUCCGGCCUCAAGGCCGUCGCCGACAUUGCCCACGCCAUCUCCAACGGAUCCAUCGAAAUCGGUAUCGCCAUGGGAGCCGAGAGCAUGACCGCUGGCGGCGAUGCGCUCGAGAAGCCCUUUGACGAGGAGGUCACCAAGCACUCCCAGGAGGCUGUCGACUGCAUGCAGCCCAUGGGUUGGACUUCCGAGAACGUCAGCGCUGACUUUGGUGUCACUCGCGAGAUGAUGGACAAGUACGCCGCCGAGAGUUUCCAGAGAGCCGAGAGGGCGCAAAAGGCCGGUCUUUUCGAUGACGAGAUCGUCCCCAUCACCACCCAGAUCAAGGACAAGGACGGCAAUUCCAAAACGGUCACCCUAACCCAGGACGAGGGCAUCCGGCCUGGCACCACCGCCGAGGGUCUCGGCAAGAUCCGCGCCGCCUUCCCUCAAUGGGGUGGCUGCACCACUGGUGGCAAUGCCUCUCAGGUUACCGAUGGUGCUGCUGCCAUCCUGCUGAUGAAGCGCAGCACCGCCAUCAAGCUCGGUCAGCCCAUCCUGGGCAAAUACGUCGGCUCCACCACCGCCGGUCUCGCCCCCCGCAUCAUGGGUAUUGGCCCCACCGUGGCCAUCCCCAAGCUCCUCGCCCAGCACAACAUCACCCUGAACGAUGUUGAUGUCGUCGAGAUCAACGAGGCCUUUGCAAGCAUGGCUGUCUACUGCCGGGACAAGCUUGGACUCGACUGGGCCAAGAUGAACCCCCGUGGCGGUGCCAUUGCCCUUGGCCACCCACUGGGCGCCACCGGUGCGAGACAAAUCGUCACCGGCCUCAGCGAGUGCAGAAAGACCGGCAAGAAGAUCCUGCUGACGAGCAUGUGCAUUGGCACCGGCAUGGGCAUGGCGGGCUUGUUUGUUAACGAGCAAUAA